ACCAGAUCGCCAGUCUAAAGCGGGAUGGACUCACCAAAGUCCGCUAUGUGCGCGGAGAUGGCAACUGCUUCUACCGGGCGAUGGCAUUUUGCUUCUUGGAAAGCCUGGUGUGCCCGAGCGGGGGAGGGAAUGUACUACUACUUUGUGGCGCACGGAAGUGAUGAUUGUUGAAUAUAUCGUGACAGACCGAUCACCAUCAUCUUCAAGAACUUGUUCGUCUCUUACUAAACUACUGCAAAGUGUUAGUAACAUGCUUACCCUAGCAUACACUUGAGAUUGAGAAUAGCACGACUAGCACAGUGAUACCUUACAUUUGAUUCCAAAACUGCAGGUUAACUUCCACGCGAAGCAGGAUCCAUCCACGGUGAAGUGGCGACGCGAACGUCUGACUUCUGUCCUAUUGCCGCCAGAUUUCGUUGCCGAGAUCGAGGGGAAAGGGGCACCUGAGUUCAAAAACCUAAUGCGCGACCUGAAGGAGAUGGAGGACAUUCGCAAAUUGCACCGCUGUCUGAUGAGUUCGCAGCACAUGGACUUGUUCUUGUUAAGGCUCAACUUUCAUUGGUCAUCAUUUAGAUUGGAGUCACUGAAAUCGAAGAGGGUCCCUCUGAGAGAACCAACAGGGGAAAUAGGCGAAGGGAACAAAGGGGAGAGCCUUGGAACAGGGGAAAUAAACGAAGGGAACAAAGGGGAGAGUGAAGGGAAAGGGGAGAGCCUUAAAGGGAGUCUCUUCCGUUCAGAGUCAUGAUGACCAAUGAGUGCUGAGCUUUAAUCUUGGUUUGGCUAGUGAGGCAGGGGAUCGCUAGAUGGAUGCGAGGCCAUAGUGGCGACAGAGCGCAAGCAGAGUUCGCAGGCAACUCGUUGGAGGAGUACAUCAAAAUCAUUUCGGAUUUGGACCUGGAGGCGUUUUUGGAGUCUGAGGUUUUGUGCAUGGGCAAGGAAGCGGAGUCCUUGGUGCAAAUCGCGGCUCCAAGGCUGUUUGAUGUGAAGCUUCAGAUUGUACCGUUGGACGAAGACAACGCCACGCAUAGCAAGCCCUACGUGUAUCCUAGCGAAGAUUUCGUCUCCCAGAACGGAACUUACUACUUGCUCUUCAAACCUGGCCACUACGACUUGCUGUACAAAGAACGCGAAUCGUCCGUCUUCCCGCAACUCGAUACCUUGGAGGCGACGUGUAUCUUCUGCUGCGAGACUGCCGAUUUGUGCAAGGGACGCUUGCUAGCCAGUGGAAACUGUUUCCAUCGUUUUUGCGCUGGCUGCUCACAGGGCAGCGAGGACUGGGCGCAGUGUCCGAAGUGCGAUACACCUAUCAUCUCGUCGGAAGAGGAUCACAUUCGAUACAGGAAGCACAUGCAAGGCGUGAUGGCGAAUCAAGCGACGGCAAACGCCCAAGGAAGUUGGGCGGCGAAAGCCAAUAGUGCUAAGCACAUUCAGAGCCCGCAAAAACAGCCGCCGAAGGUACUAGUCGUAGUAGAGGUUUUUGUUAUCGAAAUUCAAAUUUGAAUUUGUCAUUUUGUACAAGGAAGAUGACAACUACAUGUCGAAACAACAUCCCGAAGAACCCCUCACAGGUGAAAGCGAAUUAUGGUUUUGGUGUUAUUGGUUUGGACGACAACGAUAUGAACCGCUUGCCGAUGGAGGAGCGACGUAAGAGGUGUGAGUCCCACUUGAGACAGUUGACUUCUCAGCUCACCGGUCAGCCCAUCGACACUGGUCCUUGCAACCAACAACUUGUCCGCGGCAACCUUUCCCAAGCGCAAGCCCAAGCGAAUCGGGACAAGUGGAACCGCGUGUCCGGAGGCCAGAAGAAGAUCGUCUAUGACGAAAAGGCGAUCUAUUUGACUUCGUUUUGUACCGGAGAUUGGGGAGUGGACCGGGUCUCUUUGAGGGACAAGAUGGAAGCGAAGUACAUCAACGGGAGACAGAGAAUCCAACGACAGUUGCUGGAGAAAAAAACUGGAGCAAUCAUCGAGUUGUUUGGAAAGUACUACUUAUAGAUACUAACUUAACUUGUGUUGAGAUAAUCAUACUCUACCCGUCUUACAUCUGGGGAACAUCUCUUAAUUAGUACUCUUACUCUUCUUCUUCGGAAUCGCAAUUAUGAACCACUUUAUUUUUUGAUCUACUUGUUUGACUGUCUAAUAUAGUACCUACUGUUGAUACAGUAGAAGAUCUUUAUUUAAUAUUUUAACCCUAAACUACCCUAAACCCUAUUUAUUUAAUAUUUUACCCCUAUUUAAUUAUAUUUAACCCUAAUAUCUUUCUUAUCACUUCAAAACAGCAAAACUGAGAAGCAAGUUUGCGUGAUUAUCGGAUCUGCGAAAGAGCGUGCUUUAGCUGUUUGCCUGAUUGAGAUUUUGAAGGUGCAAGCUGCGUGUUCUGCUGCCGGCGAAGGGAUCAAAACGGUUCCACCUUCCGGCAAGUCCGUCCAGAACGCCUUGGAUAAGUGCUACAAGUAUGCGGCCCCUCUCUUGUGGCCUCACAUGUACACCGAAUUGAUUACACUGGACGUAACUCGACCGAAAGACUUGACGACAAGGGGCGUCCCUAGAUCGUUACAGACGGCAGAAAUCGAGACCAAAGGGACUGUGUUGGCAAUCGCGAACCCUGGCAGGGACAGUGGGGUGGACACAUACAUGCUGUGCGCAGUGGAUGCCGCGAAGCUGGAGGAGGAGGUAAAACCGUUUUGAUCUCAUUCUUUCACACUUUCAUGAUAGACCACAUGAUGAAUACAACAUGUGGAACAAUGAAAGACAACAAUUUAAAACCUCCUAAACAAGUGUUGAGAAACAUGAGCAAAUAUGUUUAAAUUAUUCAAAAGUCAUAUUGUUCAUCCUAAAUCCAAUACAGGCGGGCCAACAGUUGAGUACUCCUGUUGUAAAUCGCAGAGUGAUCAAGCUGAGUCCUCAGCCGCAACCUGUACCUCAGCUUGUCGCAGUCGCACCAGCGCAGCAGAGGGAAGCUAGUCCUGACCCUAGCGUCUCCGAGAAUGAGAUGAAUGAGCAGUCAAUCACCAUGAAUGGAACAGCCGGCGUUGCCAGUAACAACUCUAAUUCGGCAACUGACUUUCCUCCUCUCUCAGGAGUUCGAGGUACUAACAGCAUUAAGGGAGCUGCUGCGAAUGGAGGCACACCCGGCAGUACGCCUAAAGACGCAGGAAAACAGCCUACUGGACAACAAGGAACUUGUACUAGUCCAGGAUCGAACUCUGCCUAUAACCUGCUUGCUCCUGCAGGUGACCUUCCCAAUGGUUCUACAUCUUCUUUAGCAUCUUCGACUAAUCCAGCAGUGUUGCUAAACAAUCUCAAUGGCGGUUCAUUGGCUACCUCUACCAAUGCAACUUCCCAAGACCUCCACAUCUCUGACGGGGCUCCUGCCAGCACUCCAGCUAUGACGCCUGAGCAGCCGUCUUUAGAUCCUCAAGGUUCCAUGGAGGCCCAGCAACGCGACGAUGUGGAUAGAGCUUUGGAUAAUGGGCUUGCCAGUCAGUUCGACAAUAUUCCGAACAUUCCUUCUGCCGCAGGUGGAGCUAGUUCUACAACAUCAACUGCAAGUAAUGCUCCGACUGUUCCUCCCGUCGUUGAGCAGCAAUGUGCGGAUCAAAAGAGUUGUUCUGGCGCCAACAGCGCCGCCGAGAAUCAAAGUACAGGAAACAGUACUGGUUCCACUUCGGCUUCGGGUGUGAGUAUCACAGCAAAUGGCGGAUUAGGAGGUGCUGUCAACAUCAAUGGCGUUAACACUUCUAUGCAGUCAGCUGGUGCAGUCGCGAACGGAGGGAUUGUUCCGCAGACGGGUCAGCCUUCUUUGUACGAACCAAGCAGUUACCGCGAACAGGAUCCCGAGUUUCAUAGUCUCAACAGUAGUUCGACUUCCUUUAGUACUGGGGAAAACGCGCAGCAGAUGGACCAACAAAUGACAAAUCAGUUGGAUCAGACGUCUCAAAACCAACAGCAGACUAUGAUGACAAAUCAAAUGAACAACACUGCAGCUGCUACCGCCAAUAACAAUAUGAAUGCACAAGCUGCCCAACAAGUUGCAGCACACCAGCACCAACAAAUGAAUGCCAAUGCUAUGUCGGUUGGAGGGGUGAAUAAUAAUGGACAACAACAAGCCAACAUGAAUAAUCAAGGUCAACAGCAACACCUCCAGCAACAGGGUAUGGGAAGUGCGUAUGGGGCAGCGUCCUGGCAGCAAGAGGGCAUAAAUUCCUGGCAGCAACAGCAGCAGAACCAGGGACAACACGAUCAACAGCAACAACAGUGGAACAACAAUCAAUCGUGGGAUAAGUCUGGCCUGCAGAAGUCCCGCACUAACAGCGUGACUAGCGCUCAUUCUGCGAGACAGCAGAGUAACAAUUCCACUUCCACUUCGCACAUGCAGAUGGGUGGAGGAGGGAUGUACGGCCAACAGCAUCAGGUGGAUCCGCAAUCGCAGAUGCAAAAUGGUGGUAAUAAUUCUGUCGGAGGAGGUGCGAGUAAUUCCUCUGUGAUGGGCGCCAGUAAUAACUCAGUCUCAGUUAAUAUGGGUGCUGGCACAGCUGGUAGCAACAACACUAUCUCGGGAGUUGUACAGGGACAACAAGCGCAAAAUGUCUUUGGAGCUGUAAACAGCAAUGGUCAUCAACAGGGCCAGCAGAUGAUGGGAACUGCUGGCGCUGUAAUGAACGGAGGUGCUGUUAUGAAUGUUGGAGGACAGCAGGCUCAGGCGAUGAUGAAUGGUGGAGCUGCGCAACGACAGCACGCUUUUGCUCAGCAUCAGCAACAUCAGCAAUUCGGAGCACAGCAGAACAAUGUCCAACAACAGGUUCAGCAUCAGCAGUCUCAGCAAAUGCAACAACAAGCGCAAACACAGCAGGGGGGCAUGAGUCAGCAGCAGGCUUUCCAGCAGCAGCAGCAGCAGUUAUUACAGCAGCAACAGCAGGGUAUGCAAAUCAUGCAACAACAGGUUACUGCUGCGCAACAACAACAACAGACGAUGGCACACCAGCAAAUGAUGUAUGCUGCGCAACAACAGCAACAAAACCAAGCGCUACAAUCUUCCAAUACUGCUUUGCAACAAUCACAACAUUCACUACAGCAACAACAACAGAACCAAAAUAAUCUUCAGCGUGGAAGCACUACGACUGCUAGCACCACUUCUAUUCUUAGCAACACUGCCACCUCCUUUCAACAGCAGCAACAGCAAAAUCUUUUGGUGCAGCAGCAAUUCGCUAACACGUUGAACCAGUUCAUCGAAGCCGAGCGUCAGAGGCAACUGACCUUCAAUCAACCCUUAAUUGCCGAUUGUUACCAACAGUACUGUCAGUACCAGCAGCAUUGGCCUGCUUGGAGACAGGGCGCAGCCACAAAUCGCGAAAGCUGGAACGCAGUCUGCAAACACCUGUGGCUCAUGCGGUACCACUUCCACAACAAACGAAUGCAGAGCCGUGACAACCUGCAGGAACCUUUCCAGCAGUUGAAUAUGGGAGAGCUGGGUCUGGAGUUGCUACGCCAGUGGGUAGACCUCGUUCUCGGAAAGGAGAAGAAUCCCGAGAUGCGGCAGAAGUUGCUUUCCUCCGAAGUUGUGUGUAGAAACGAGAACGAAACGCUUUGGGUGAAGCAGAUGCUUGGAACAGCUACCGCUGAACUGACUCAGACAGACGUGAACAAUGCUAAGAAGUCCAUGUCUGAGCUCCAACUUGCGGAGAUGAGUAAAUGGAUCGAAGGUCAGGUGCUGGAGUUUGUGAAUAGGAGAAAGGAGUGGGUAAAUCGCCAUGCUCCGACGACGCCGAACCUUCGAGAAAUAUAUCAGCAGUUGGAGGGAAAGCGCGUUUUUCAGAUUCACAACAUCUACGAAGGGUAUGUACAACUGUCGCUCAGCUGCUGGCAAAUGUCCGAGGAGCUCGGAGAGAAGCAUACCCAUCUUGAACAGAUCUUCGUGCAGGAGCGGCAGUAUGGAACACAGCAAAACUACGGAGAGGCUUUCCAUGCGAUAAUGCAGCAGGCAAACGGGGAACAAGCGGCACGUGACCAAGCGGAGCGUCAACAACAACGCCAACAGCAGCAACAGGUUGUUGCCCAGUUGCAGCAGCAGCAACAGCAGUUAUUGAGAAACCAACAGGCUGCUGCGUUGCAAGUGCAACAAGGUUCACAGCAGCAGAAUCCUUCGCAACAGCAAGGCUCACAGCAAGGACAAGGGAGUAACGUUGUUCUCCAACAAGGACAACAGGGUAUGCUGAACAUGCAGCAGGGUGCUCAGCAACAGGGUAUGGUCGGCGCACAACAACAGCAACAACAAGGACAAAAUGUGAGCCAGCAUCAAGUCGUGAAUAAUAUGAAUCAAGUUGCAGGUCAACAACUACAGGCACAACAGCAAAUGGGACUAGGUUCGAACAGCAUGCUCGGCGCAAGUGGGCAACAAGGGCAACAAAUAUCAACAAUGCAGCAACAAGUAGCGACAAAUCUUGCCCAACAACAACAGUCUGCUGUGGCCAACCAAGUCGUCGCUAACCAGCAGAUGAACAACAUGACUGCUCAACAAUUGCAGCACCACCAACAGCAACAGCACGUAGCCGCACAGCAGCAAGCUGCCCAACAGCAAGCUGCCCAACAGCAAGCUGCCCAACAGCAAGCUGCCCAACAGCAAGCUGCUCAACACCAUCAGCAGCAGCAGCAGCAGCAGCAGCAGCAGCAGAUGGCUGCGCACUCACAGCAUGGUAGUCACAGUGCACAUGUCGGUAAUGCUGCCUCAAUGGGUAAUGCUGCGAUUCAGCCACCACCCGCACCCUUUCAAGGCCAGCAUCUCCAGCAAUCUGGUCAACAGAUUCAUCUCACUCAGAAUACAAAUGCCCACCAUGCACAGCAACAAGGUACUGACAGGAUACUUUUUGAAGAAAACUUUAUGCAAAUGUCUGUGUCUUCAACAACAACGCUACCUGUACCUCUAUCUACGAAGUAGAAUAUAAUCACAGCAUUCGGGACUGUUUCGUCUCAUGUGGAACUUUUUUGACUACCAAAUUAUCAGGUCAACAUCACGGUGAAAUGGAUAAGCAUCGGGGUGGGCAACAAAGCGGAAAACAUGUAGUGCUUACCUUUAGAUUGGCAAUUACUAUAAUUCUGUACUUAUAUACCUUUUACCUACUAUCCUUACUUUUUCUUCCUAGUUAGCUUGGCUUCACCCAUAAUACUAAGAUCUCUGGGGAAUAAUUUUGCACCUUCUUCAAUCCGAUAUCAGCAGAAUUUUUAAGCUCUAGCAGAAUGUCCGAACACUAUCGACAAGAGCGACAAUCAUCAAUGAUCUCUUCAGGGCCAAUCUCAGUAUGGAGCAGUCGCGGGCAAUCAUCAGUAUCAACCACAGCCUAGGAGGGACCUUGACAGCGAUUGGCGGUCAGGGCCUCGUGAUGGUGGAGCGGCGAAAUACAAUAGCAAGGAGUCUAUGACGAGUCAGCGAGGAGGGGUAUUGAUUAGCUUCUUCGCAAUGAAUGGACUUGCUUUUCCUGGACGGUAAGGAACAAUCAACAUUAACUAUGUACAGUCAUCAACAUUAUAACUAUGUACAGUCAGGCAGCAACUUCAAUCCUAGUACCUCUUCUCCUACUCAUGAAUCUCAUUCUCCUAUUAAAUCUCAUUUUCAGCAGGCUGGCGGUUGGCAAAACCAGCAAAACUGGAAUCAGCAGACUGGAGGGCGUGCCGGUGGCUGGCCUGAUUCUACUGGUCGCACUUAUUCCAUCUCUUCCCAACACGAAGCUUCCUAUGGCGGUAGCUCAUCUAGUAGUUACAGGCCUGCUAGCAGUCCUACUGGCGGACCUCAGUCCUACAAAGGAGGCGCGACUGGAGGUACUAACGUUGGCGGUGGUCCGAACACUAGUAUGCAAAUGCAAGGAGGGGCUUCUUCUUCGAUGCAAGGACCACAGGGUCAGGGACAAGGUAGUAUGCAAGGACAAGGUAGUAUGCAAGGUCAAGAAAGUGCCGCAGACGCGGCAGCAGCUGUGCGAAAAAUGGCUGCAGACUGGAACAGAAAAGACAUGGAGUCUAAAGCGGGCUCAUCCUGGAACAGCCAACGACCUUACUACGGUGGAGGACAAGAUGGCUACGGGACCGGACAAGCUGCUGCGGCACAACCUGGGGGAGGAAAAGGUAAUUAAUUAGUUACGUGUUAUGUUGAAAUAGAUCCUGGUCGUUUGUCUCUUUCGUGCGAGUUUCCUUUUUCCAUGUUUUUUUAGUUGAUUUGUCAAGCAAAACUUUUAUUUUGACUACGACUGCUCAUGGUCUCACUUAUUUUUUUCUCGAAUCCAAGGUACAAGCGGUGCCCAAAAUGAUAGCAGUGGUUAUUACGGCGGCGCUAGUGGGAAGAACAGCAAGGGCGGCGGUGGUGCUGACUAUGGCAACAUAAACAGCAGUGGUCAAAAUCAGCACGGAGGCUACAAUAGGACGACUUCCUAUAGUUCAACAGCCUAUAGCGGCAAUGGAGCUGGUUACAACAACAUUUCGAGAGGGCCACAACUACCGCAGAACAACCCCUACGCAGGUGGGGGUGGCAAUGGCACUUGGAGGUCGGGGGGUGAGUCAAGCGGUUACGAAGAAGCUUGGCCCCCAGGCGCUGGACGUGGCGGUAAAGGAGGACAGUUCGCAAACCCUCCUCCACCGCCAAAUCCAGGUGGGAGCAUGACCGUAGGUGGCAGCGCGUCCUCAACGGCAAUUGUAUCAACGCCGACUGGGGGCUGCACGCCUGGAGGCGACAACAACAGUUUAACUGCAGUAAACAAUCUGAAUCUUUCCGGUGUUCCUUUGCCUCAACAAGCUGGUGCUGGGGCACCACUAGUAAAUGUCUCGGGAGUCCCACCUUCAAGCGGAAUAAUACCUCCAGAGGGCCCGCCCGGAGGAGGUACUACUGCAACGUCUAGUGUUACAACCGCCUCUGGCGUAGCCCCUCUAGGAGGAGCCGGCGCGGCUAGCGCUUCUGUUGGUGGCGGAGCUUCUGGCGGUGACACUUCUGGUGGUAGACAGGGUAGUGUAGCAGAGAACUUGACACCAGACACAGAGGACUUCACAUCUUUGGUACCCUUGAUAGCGCAAUUUAAUAGUUGCUCGGCGUCGGAGAGUAAGGAAAGUCUUCCGCCAACCGGAGCAGCUAGUGUGAAAGAUGGCGCUAGUGUUGACGAGAGUGGCAAUACUUUAUCAACUGCGAGUGGCGUAGCUACAACAGCGAGCGGCGCUUCUAGUGCGGGUGUAGCAGGGGCUUCUAGUGCGGGCAUAACAACCAGAGAACCUUCUGCAGCAGGGUCAGAUAACAACUUGAGCAUAAACAUAUCUGGACCUUCCUCAGCUGGCGCAACUGGUGGUGGAGGCUCGUCAACUACCAAUGCUAGUGCAGUAGGGGGAGUGCCCUCAUUAGCAGCAGGUGGGCCAGCACUGGUAGGAGACGUCGUGUCUGGUGACGUGAAGGCAGACGGCGGAAAAGCGGCCAAAGCUUCUGGAGGAAAAACUGCAGCCGUACUUGAUUAGCAUUUUUUCUUGUCGAAAUAUCAAGUCAAUCUUUAUCUUAUCUAUUGUCGCUUUUUAGGAGCAUGGAUGAAGAAUCUUACUCAUCAUGGGAACGUUUUCCUACAAAAUUAAAAUCAGGCCUCUAGCGCAGAGACCCCUCGUGGCAAGCAAGAUAGCAAGGGAAGCACUCCAGACGGGGAGCAGGUUGUUUCGCCGAUAGUCCUCCAUCAGAAGCCUAAGGGGGAAGCUGAUGGCAGAAAAGGAGCCUCUGGUGCGGGAAGCGAAAAGAAACAGCCAAUACAUCUGGCGCCAUGGUACGUCAACGCGAAGAAAGCUACCCCAAAUGCAGGCGGCGUUUUAUCGGGCACUAGUGCUGCUAGUAGCAGCACAUCUACUUCUGCUCAAAAUGGAGGUGUCGAUGGCAAAGACAGUAGCAGUGCUGGUGCGGGUGCUGACGCUAAAGUCGCUUCUGGCCGUAGUAAAGACGCUAAUACAGCUUCUGCCGCUAGUAAAGAUGCCAACACUAGUACAACUUCUGCCCCUACAACAACUACAACAACUUCUUCUAGCACGUCAGUGUCCGCUGGAGCUCCCUCUGGUGCGAAAGACCCUGAGACCUCAACUGCCUCUUCUUCCUGGAGCAAAGGUUGGGACACGUCUAAAGAUAGUUCCCUUCCAGAAUCAACGAAUAGUAGUGGAGGAGGUACCACAGCUACGGGAAAGGAGCACAACGCGGCACAGGUUGGGAAAGGCGGUGGCAAAAAAGGUCAACGGAAAGGCGGCAAGGAUGGCGGGAAAGGUGGGCAUGACGGAGGAAAUAAUGCCGGAAAUAAUGCCGGUAACUCUUCUAGUGCUGGUGCUGGUGGUAAAGACAAUAGCAACUCUCUUAGUGGUGCAGGUAAAGAUGGAAGUAAUUCUCAACAUGCUGGUGCUGGUGGUAAAGAUGGUCCUGGUGGCAACAAUGCCUCUGGCGGCCCUGGUGGGAAAAACGACAUCAAUAAGACGCCAAAAUGGGAGUUCACCUACAGGGAAUUUAGGGAUCAGCUAAACGCUCCUGGACAGAGUAAUGCCACAGCGGAUACCGUGGGCCUCAACGUCUUUAGCUUGAGUGACAACUUGACGUGGACGAACGAGAGGAAUCCGACGAAACAAGCUGAGAAAUGGAAGAGCGCAGCGAAAGUCUUUGCGACGUCGAUCCAAAGUACUUACAUUUUCGCUGUCCUUUGCGUCCGUUGCAGCUGAUGCGUUGCAGCUAAUGUGAUUCUUAGUACAUUCUAUCCAUGAACAAGAUGUCAUCCAAUUGUUCUCCAAAGGCUCCAAAGGCUAUUCAAUUUUCUUCUUCAUCACUGUAUCAUGCCUUAUAACUACUCAACACUAGUACUUUCACUCAACACUACUUUUAGGCUUGAAGUUCGAGUCCGCCGCUCAAGUGAAAGCUGCUGCCACCGACUUCGAGUGUUGUCUAGAACAAGUUGGGAUUGACCGGAUAUGCCUCACGUUCGAAGAGUUGGAGUACCUGAGCCCCAACGGCCUUGCUGGCGGAAAUCCUCAUAACAACAAAAACAACAACAGCCACAAUGGUGGAGGUGGGCAAAAUGUUGAUCGUGACAAUAGCAGCAAUAGUGGAGGUGGCGCAUCUUCUAGCAGUAGUGGACCUGGAGGUCAACAACAAGGUCAACAACAAGGCCAACAGCAGUAUAAUAGGUAUGUUGACCGACUGGACCUUGCUUUCAACGUUGCACAAUGUCGACUAGCUUGGCCAGUCAUUGGGGAUUGGCGAACAAAGGGUGAGCAGACCAUUUGGCCCUUAGCUAUCAUUGGUCGUCGCAGCGAGAGGAAACGCGGAAGACUCCUAGUCUCCCUCUGGCGUAUGCAAUUCCACGCAGGCGGACCGACCAAGUCUCUCGACAUUGCGGAUGUCUUAUCCCUAACCGACUUACACGCCUUAUCGAAGUGGGAUGCGAGACCGGAAUUUAUUCGCCUAGGAAGCCAAGACCCAGCUGCCAAGAUGAACUCUUCUUCUAAUAUGAUGGGGACGAAUUUACAGCCACUAGAGAAUGUGACGAAGAAGCAAGCCACGAACUUCAACUGUGCGCAUACGGGGACAAGGAAGCAGUUUUUUACGGUGGUGAUCCGAAGCAAAGCAUCCCCCCACUCGAAAGACCAUGAGUCAGCGGCGAAUGAUAAUGCGGUACAACGAUUUCAUUAUAUGAUGUUCUUUUCUUGUACAACAAUUUUAAUUUUAUUGAUUGUGGUCACGCAAAUUUCCUCAAACAAAUGAUCCUGUACACUCUUGACUAUGAAGAUCACCUACAUCUAAUUACUUACUGUCCAGAUUCCUAUCCACCAUCACCAACCAGGUCCUAAGCCACAUAUCGAAGAUGAUGAACGCCGAAGGCCAACAAGGCUCAAGGUUUAAAGGAGGUCGAGGUAUGGGUGGUCCAGCAGAUCCUUGUGGGGCCAGCGGCAGCAAUGUCACGGCGCAGUUCAUGAAUGCGCAUGAGAUUUCGCAGUUGGCAGGUACUGCUUUAUCUUAUGGUUGAACUGUUGGUAGAGAUCGAACUUUUCUAAAAACGGAUGUUUUUCUUGCUCUUCAUUGUCAUGUAAAAAAAACUGAAGAUACAUCGUCCAUCAAUCUUCAAAACUUUUUCCCACCACGAUAGGUAAUGGUCUCGACCGAUUGGGCGUUACCGCCACCGCUGCCAGCGACAUUGUGUUGAAGAAAUUGAAGGAUCUGCCAAGGCUCCACCGUGAAGGACGCAGCUUGAACAAGCAAUUUCUUGGCUUCACCGAGAAAGAGGGCGUCGACAUUUUCCACUUAAAAGGCGAACAGACCGAGUUCUUCGAGUCUAAGAAAGACUUGUUGCAGAAAGUGACGCAAGUCCAAGGAUCGGGCGCAAUUUUCCUGGAAGCCACUGACACAACGGCCGUGGUAGUGUAUGGAAAGCAGGUUGCAAGGGUUCACUUUCGACGGUAUCUGCAAUUGUUGCAGGAAGAGACUCUAGACAUUCUGUCUUUAGUAGAAACCUUGACCUCUGGUCCGCAUCCGCAAGACGUGUGGGUAUCUAGAUCGAUCAAAGGCCACGAAAAAGUCUUCGGAGCAGGAGAGGAGACCGAAGCCAUGCGGUUCUUAGCUCUAGAUAGUGGUCGACAUUGGGGACACACGAAAUACACCGUGCUUGUUCCACCAGCAAGCAGCGAGGGAGGUGGCCUCUCAGUCGACGACUCCAGAAUCGACUUUAAAGUGCUUGCUGGUCACUAAAUUCCCCACUCCUAUAGAUGCGCUCCUCAGAUUCAGAGGACCACUUCUAGGGACCUCAACCUGAAUACCUCAUCAAAGUAGCUGGACGAAAAGUAGAAUGGCCUUCUCCCCACUAGAUGACUUUUUCAUUUUAUCCUCCUAGAAUUAAUAGUGAAUUAUUCGGCUAUAGUCCACCAGUGUUUCGAUCACGAUUAUAUCGCAGUAGUUCGUAUCCUUUUUACGAGUAACCCUCAAAGAAGAAUCAUGAUAAAGUUCCCUUUGUUGAAGGUCCCUUUGUAAGUUCCCUUCCUGUUCUCCCCAGAAUAUAUAUUUGCUCCUAGAUGAUGGGUUAUUUCGAUGCUUCGUUAUGACUACACCACAAUUCCCAGCGAUAUGCCGAUCGCCUCACUCAUAGCGCAGACACUCAGGUCGGGGCGAACAGGGAUCUUGUCUGUGCGGUACCAUAUUCGACACCACAGGAACAGUGGUCGAUACCAACGCCCCUCACAUGCUUAUAAAUAAAUUUUCCCCGCCUUUGUUUCCCGUCACACAGGUGGAAAUCCUCCAGUCGUCCCAGCUCUCUGAUGUAGUCCCGUCCCCUUCGUUUCAAUUUACAACCUACUAGUAGAUGAAUUGGAUCUAUUCAAAAGGAAAAAAAAAUUAGAGCCAGAAGUUUUGGUAGUCGUUGUGUUAGAAUCAUAUUUUCAACCUUUAUUUUGAGGAUCUUCAAUAAGAGAAGUUCAAUUUGUGUGUAGCACAAAGGGCUGAUCCGUAGAGAGGGUGCAGUGGCGUACUAGGUAGAGAAAACGCCAUUGUACUCGACUUAAAGUCUGAUUUUCAGCAAAAUUUAAUUAUCAAGCGCACGCUCGAGGCGGAUCUUCGGAGUUGUUCGUUCAAGGAGGGAUUAGCUCGAGAUCACCUCGGCCACGUGUGCCGCGCAGCAUGUAGUAAAAGAUGUUGUAUCUGCUAGAAGGUCAAGAUGUAUCAACAACUCCUUUCAUCACACUUGUUAAUUACUACUUUUGUACCUCCAACUUGAAUUUGAUAAAAUCUGACAUAUAUGCGAAAUCAAAUCAAAAAAGUAACCGUAAGAUCUUCAUGUUUAUCGAGCAUGACCAAUAUGUCUCUGUUGUACAUGUUCUCCUCGCCAGACCAGGUGCCGCGGUGUUGAUAAUGCUGCCUCUCCUUCUCAGGUAGAGGAGAAGGGGACUGAAUUAUCAACACGAAGAUGAUUUUUUUUUCUGAUUUUUUCUUUCUCUCUGUCAGUCUCUCGUCUACGUAAGAAUCUAGACAACUACCUGUAAGAACUACCCUAGAAGUACAGGUAGUUAAUAGAUGCAUGAUGGGGUCGUGGCAACGUCACAUUAACUGUCUUAAGAAAGUACUAGAAUCAUUUUAUAUAUAAUGGAUGAUUCGAGGAGUGCCUGUGUCCUCCUCUACGGGUCUUCUUCUAUAUGAUUUGUUCAAAUUUCUCAUGAAGUUUACCUACAACUACUUAUUGAUUCACAAGAUAAUAUCUAAGACUAAAUCAAGCAUCAACAAUCAAAUAUCGUCAAAAUUCUUGCGCCGCUGAUAUUCGGAGUAGUCCAGAUCCGAUCGCUCGUUAUUGUUUUUACCACCAAGAUUUUAAGUGUCGCGACACGACGACAAGAGAACCCUACUUUCCUCACGAAUUAUAUUGACCCAUGAUGAUUCCUACUCUAUUCUUUAACAUCCUACUUCUAUCACUUCUGCUGAAUCACUCCAGG